AUGAACGUAGGAAUUGAUUAAAAUACAUGUGUUCAUACUAAUCUUAUAUUUCCUCUUCAUAUGCUCUAUUUUGCUCAAUUUAUGAAUAGUAUAAAGAGUGAAAUAGAAAUAAAACUAGAGGAGAAUGAGGAAAAGGAGAAGGAAGUAGUAUGUAAAGAAAGUCAAAAGAUAAAUAAGAAUAAUAUUACAAAUGAAAUAACGCAAAAAAAUAACUUCUGCCACAUAUUUCCUGGUUAGAGUAAAAAUUAUUACAAGAAUAUGGGGUAAAAGAUAGCCCAAUUUAUACUUUAAGAGUUCUCUGACGAUAAAGAGAUCCUUUAAGAACCAGCUAUAAAAAAGUUCUUAAAAAUGGAGAGCCAAAAAUUCAAUAGGAAUUCCAUAGAGUUGUUGAUCAAAUCAAAGAAGGGAAGGAGGAUUUGUCGGUUGUUUUUUGCUUAAUACAAAUGGGUUAAGCCCUUUCUGGUUUAAAAUAAAGCUGACCUGGGUUUUAGCUUUCGAUUCAAUAAAUUGUUAUAUUCGAAUCGCUAAAGCACAUCCGAGAAGGCUAAUAGAGUUGAAGAUAUAUAAAUUAAGUAAGAAAAUUGA